AAUAGAACUUUCUAUCCUAUAACAUCUAAGAUUUAUUUUAAAAAUUAAUAAUAAUUUGUAUUCAGUUAUAAUAAAUAAAUAAAAUCUACCAUUAAAGUAAACCGAAACAUUCACGAACUUGCUCAAUUUAUCACAGUUUUGCCUUUAACAUUUAUAAAAGAUAAAAAUAAGAAAAAGUUGCCUUCUCUAUGAAAUAUAGUUUCAAUUUAUGUUUUAAUAAAACAUUGAAGCUAUGGAUAGUGAAAAUUUAUUUUUAAUAUAAUUAAAUGCUGUUUUCAGCACACCAAACAACCGAAAAAUAAACUUAACAAAAUAAGAUAGAAGCUAACCAACAAAAGGAUCAACAAUUUUUAAAUCUAGUCAAUGUUUAUUUUUAAGAUAAUUUAAUUAAAAAUAAAACAAAUAUUUAAUAAAAUGACAACUAGUCUUGCAACACAAAGGAAUUUUGUGAUAGCGAAUCCUUCAGCAAAUGUUGUUGAAGCAAAUAUCAGCAAUGCAAGUGCAACAACCAAUCACAUAUUGGCCACUAAUGAAAUCAAACAUGAGGUUAUUGCAAUUUCAACUGAAGAUAGUCUAAAUGAUGAGAAUGUGUUGCAACUGGAGGAUGUUUUAUCACAACAAACCGAUACUAAUGAUAUGCCUGUUUUGGAUGUCGUACCUAUGGAUGCAUCAGACUCCAGUAAUGGAGAAAGUGAUAGCAUGCAUCAUGACUUAAGUGCAAUUAAAGAUGGCGUCGAAUUGGCUCAGGUGACAGUUCUGCAGGCGCCAAAUGGUGAAGAUGGAGAAAGCCCGCAGUACAUUACAGUUACAGUUUCCACUCAAGACACCGUCGGCGGUCAGAAUUCCUAUCAAGUGCAAUAUGUGGACACCGAGUUAUACCACAGUAACUCCAGUCAGUCGCAGAUGACAUAUCCUUUCUGUCCCGUCGGUGAUUAUCAGACAACAAGCCAAUCUUAUUAUUCAACUACGGCCAACUACUCUACAACGAAUACUCCCCCAUCGCAUGCAUCCGGGUUGCCUUAUUUAGUUCCUGUCGAGGAGAAUCUUCUCCUAAACUCCUCAUCGCAAAGCCGCGAAUCACCACCGAGCUUAUCCGAAGUGUCUUACUUGCAGGAAGCACAAACACCAACCUCUACAACUCCAUCAAUUGCUGCUUCCUGUGGGACCGGAAGUGGUGGUGGAGGUGGCGGAGCUGCUGUCGGUGGCAGCAAUGCAAGUGUUGGUGGCGGCGGUAACGGUGUGAUUGUCAGUGGAGGACUCAAUGUGGGAGAUUCGAACAACCUGGCAAAUGCCAACAAGAUUGCCUCGGCAACGAUAAAAUGGCUUACACGUAACUAUGAGACGGCGGAAGGAGUAAGUCUGCCCCGUUCAACCCUCUACAAUCACUACAUGCACCAUUGCAACGAAAACAAAUCGGAGCCAGUAAAUGCUGCAAGCUUCGGCAAGUUAAUUCGUUCGGUUUUCUCCGGAUUGCGAACUCGUCGGUUGGGUACUCGUGGAAAUUCCAAGUAUCACUACUAUGGCAUUCGCAUAAAGCCCGGAUCUACCCUGUCGCACACUAUGGAAGAUAAACCGGGCCAGCCGUUCUCUGGCAAAAAUCCGAACGGUGGUAAUCUUAACGGGAUUGGUGGUGGUGGUAGCGGCGGCGGCGGCGGCGGUGGCAAUGGCGGUGGCGGUAGCAAUCUCUCAGGAGGUGGAAGCUUGGGCAAAGGCAUGAAAAAACACAGUGUUAAGCCCGAGACAUAUGAAGCUUGCUCCCAGUAUUUAGGGGAUGGUUCUGGUUGCAUCCCAAUAUUUCCUCACAUUGAGCUCGAUAACUCAUUCAACAACGAACUUACUCUGGAUGAUGUUGAAACCUUUCGUUCCAUGUAUCGUGAGCAUUGUGAAUCGUUUCUCGAUGCUGUUUUGAAUCUCGAAUUUGGUACCAUUGAAUAUCUUUGGCGUGAUUUUUGGCGUUCUUCGGACAACAAUAACCUAGAUGAAUGUGAAGAGGAAAAAUAUUUAUCAAAAACUAAACUUUACUUACUUUGUCAUUGCAAUGGAGUUCAAAAGUUUAUCAAACAGGUGGAUUACCAAUUUUACCAAAAUAUGGUUGAUGUCCUCAUUCCGGACGUUCUUCGUUCCAUACCCAACGCACUUACCCAAGCCAUUCGGAAUUUUGCCAAAAACUUGGAAAUCUGGCUUUGCGAGGCAAUGGUCGGGGCCCCAGAUCGUGUGGUCCAGAUCAAAUCUGCAGCUAUCUCGGCUUUUUGUCAAACCCUUAGACGUUAUACAUCUUUGAACCAUCUAGCUCAGGCUGCACGUGCAGUUCUUCAAAAUAAUUCCCAAAUUGCACAGAUGUUGAAUGAUCUUAACCGUGUUGACUUCCACAAUGUCCAAGAACAGGCAGCUUGGGUAUGCCAAUGUGACACUUCUAUUGUUCAACGUCUUGAGAAUGAUUUCAAAACAGCUUUACAACAACAAAAUACCCUCGAACAAUGGGCUAGUUGGCUACGUCUUGUAGUUGAUUCGGCUUUAGAAGAAUAUCGAGACAAACCCAAUUAUGCUAAAGCUGCUCGACAAUUUCUGCUCAAAUGGAGUUUCUACAGUUCAAUGGUAAUAAGGGAUUUAACUCUAAGAUCGGCUUCAAGCUUUGGUAGCUUCCAUUUGAUACGUUUGCUUUAUGAUGAAUACAUGUUUUUCUUGGUGGAACAUAAAGUUGCUGAGGUUUUACAGAAGACCGCAAUCGCUGUGAUUAGCGAUCGAAUGCAAAAAGACACCGAUUUCGAAUUUGAUUACCAACUGGCAUUUAUUGAAACCGACACAAAUAUAGCUAAGAGAAUGAAACACGAAUGAUUAAAAUACUUGAUUUUUUGUUAAACCCAAAACAAUUUGAAAUUGAUAUUUGAACUUUAUAAAAUAAAAUAAAGACAUGAAAAAUAAAUUAGGACCGAUUUUGAUUUUUUUAUGUUCGAUUGGUAAAUUGUUGUUUUUUUUAAAUUUCUUCAUAUUUAUAACUCAUUCUUAAAUUAUCGUUAUUAAUUAAUCUUCAGUUAUUUUGUCACAUCUCAUAAACCAAAAUCAUAUCUAUCAGUCGAAUACUUUAUAAGUUUUUUGCCUCGAUAUUCAAUCCUUUAAAGUUUAAACCGUCCAAAAAUAGAAGAAUUUUUGUAAAAUUAAUGAAUAAACUUCGUGGACUUGGAAUUUCAAUAAAAAUAAAAAAAGAAAAAACUACACAACGGAAUGUUACUUCAAAACUAAAUACAAAAUAAACUAAAUUUUUGUAAAAUAUUUAUGUAUAUUUUAUUUAUUAUUUAUUUAUUUCUAAAAAUGAAAAAAAUUAACUACAGGCCUUAAAAGUGCAACAAAACGAAUUAAUAUAGUAGAUUUAUAAUAUUUAUGUUUUUUAACCAACAGAAAAUAUAAUAUCAAGUUAUAUUAAUUAAAAGUAUAGAAAAUGUUCAUUGCAACAUUUUUAAAGAAAAUUUCCUUAUUUAUAAAUUAUAAAAACAAAACAAUUAAAAAUAUGAAAAAUGGUUGUUAAAAACUUGAGGAAAUAUAUUUCCAUACAAAUUAAUGAUGAAUGAAACAUAAAAAAUAUCAAAAAUAAAAAAUAAACCAAAAACUAUUAUAAUAUUUUUAUUUAGCUAGAAAACAUAUUUUCAAAACCUGUCAUUUUUAUAAGGAAUUAAAAAAAAACUACUAAAUGUCUAGUCUUGUAGAAUUUUAAGCUAAAUACUUAAUUAAAUUUUCAAAAUUUUGUAUUUACAUUUAUAUAAAAAAAAAAUAUAGUUUAAUAUAAGUUUUUUUUUUAAUUUAUUUUAUAAACAAUUGCUCAAGCACAUAUGAUGGAAGAGAAGAAGUUGGAAAGUUUUCGUUAAGGAUCAAAAAUAAAAAUGUAAUAAAUGGCAAAAGUAUAGUUUUCGAAAUAAUUUGAUGUGUUUAUACAAAAAAUUCAACAUUUCAAAAUUUAUCAUAAAAUCUACCUUAACGAAAUCAUACUUAAAGGUGAAAGUGAGAAUCAAAGAACGCAUAUGCUCAAAUAAUAUUAUUGUCUGCUCAAAAAUAAAACAAAAAGAAACUACGUAUCAAAAAUAUUUUUUACAAAUUGUACAAA